AAGAUAGCGGCCUGAAACAGCAUGCUGGACCAUGUGCUUACAUUGCCAGACCUGUGAGCUGAGAAGUCAGGACCUUUCUCACUAAUCAGUAGCAAUAUAGGAAGCCAGACAAGUAAAGGGAAGAGUUUAUGCAGCCUUGUCUCGUUGACUAGACGCAACAUAGUGAAUGUAAAUCCGCCCCCCCCAACAAAAAUAAAGUAGGUGGGGUGGGAGUAUAACGCAAACGUCUAGCAUCCUAAAGGUUGAGUUCAAAUCUCAGACAUUAUCAUUUUAGCAACUUUAACUACCUUUUAGCUACUUUCCAACUACUUAGCAUGUUCGCCAACCCUCCCCCUAACCUCAAUUCGUACCAUAUGUUUUUCAAAUUCGUACCAUAAAAUGUAUGAUGGACAUCCACAAAUUAAUACACACCAAGUGACUCGGAUUUACAUACAGGAUAAUAUGAAAUGUCCUGAGACCGGGUUGGUUUGUGAGUAUUGGGACAUUCUGCUGAGCAGUAAUAAGAAUAGUCAUGGAUUUAUUUGAAAUAGCAAUUUCUAAGAAGAAUCUCGGUCGCUUUUAAAAUCGAAGCAAAAAUGUUGGAUUUAUUGGGCGAUGUCUUCCACACCUUCAGAUGGGCCGUUCAGAAAGGCUAUCUUGAGCGGAGGGAGCAUUGAUACAGCCAGGCAGGGAGGUAGAAACACUCGGACACAGCAGGCCCCGGAGUUCUUCAUAGGGGACAUGGUCGUCUGACGUUCACAGCUCCUCAAUUGGUAGGCUGAAUUAUCCACUACUGAAGUGUGAUUGAAGGGUGGUUAUUCCGCGACUGUAAAAGCGACCAGACCACCACACCUGCAAUAAUACAAAACAGUCCCCAGACGAGGCGAUAUUCUGCAUCCCACGUCCAAACCGGGAAUAUGUUAUAGAUUAACUCACCCUUGUCUGCUGAUUGUAGGCCCUUUGCAUUUACUUUUCUGUCAGGCCAUGGGCACCAGAGAGGUUUCAUUUAUUUGCCACAGAUGUUAAGAAAUUAUGUUUAGGGACAUGUGGCAUAUGUACUUCAUCCACACCAUUGACGUCAGUUCCUGUGACGUACCAAGAGUCUAAAAUAUUGUCCUUCUCAGUAAUGGCGGCUUCGUUCCCUUCUCCUUCUGGAACAAACAACAAAUGGUACUUCACCCGAGAACAGAUCGAGAAUAGCCCAUCUCGUCGUGCGGGGCUUGAUCCAGACAAGGAAUUAUCCUACAGACAGCAAGCCGCGAACCUUCUGCAGGACAUGGGACAGCGACUCAAUGUGUCCCAGCUAACAAUUAAUACUGCUAUUGUGUAUAUGCACCGAUUCUACAUGAUCCAGUCCUUCACCAGGUUCCACAGAAAUGUGAUAGCUCCAGCAACACUGUUCCUGGCUGCAAAGGUUGAGGAACAGCCCCGCAAGUUGGAGCAUGUUAUCAAGGUGACCCAUGCAUGCCUCAACCCUCAGGACCCUUCACCAGAUGUCCGCAGUGAUGCUUACCUGCAACAAGCCCAAGACCUGGUCAUUCUUGAGAGCAUUAUACUCCAGACCCUGGCUUUUGAAAUCACCAUUGACCACCCACAUACUCAUGUUGUCAAGUGCACCCAGCUCGUCAGAGUUGUCCCAGCGAGUAAGGAUUUGGCCCAGACCUCAUACUUCAUGGCUACCAACAGCCUACACCUGACCACAUUCUGCCUGCAGUACAGCCCACCCAUAGUGGCCUGCGUCUGCAUCCACCUGGCUUGCAAGUGGUCCAACUGGGAGAUCCCUGUCUCCACAGAUGGCAAGCACUGGUGGGAGUAUGUGGACAAUACUGUCACCCUUGAGCUGCUGGAUGAGCUCACUCACGACUUUCUACAGAUCUUGGAGAAGACACCAAGCCGAUUAAAACGCAUUCGCAACUGGAAAGCGGCAGGUCAGACAGUGAAGGGAGGGAAGUCUAAGGUGCCAGAGGACGGGGACCAGACAGAUUGUAUGAUGAGCAUGAUCUCCAUGUCGUCCUCUGAGACCACGCUGGCCAGCCUCUCCAACCCUUCCUCUUCAUCUUCUUCCUCAUCCAUGGCUCCCAUACUACUGGAGCUCAAGUCGACCCUGGGCAGUGGCUCCGACCAGCCCAACCACGUCGAGCUGCACGCCCCAGCCAAGGUGUCACUGAGUGAGUAUCGGGCCAAGCACGCUGAUGUCCUGGCUGCUCAGAAGAGGAAGCUAGAGAACAUGGAGGCCAGCGUGAAGAGGGAGUAUGCCUCGGCAGCCCAAGCUCUGAUAGGCCAACAUCAGAGGAAGGAGAAGUACCACCGUGAUCAGCAGCAGUCCAGCUCCCACCAUUCCAGCUCAGCCUCCUCUGACCUCAGCAGCCCCUCGCCCAUCAUCCUCAAGAUCCCCUUGGAAAAGGAGAGGGGCGAGCGCAGCUCCCUGAAGAUGCGCCUCCCUCUGGGGACUGGGGGGGGAGGGGGGCACAGUGGAGGAGGGAACAGAGGAGCCGGAGGAGAACAGGACAUCAAAGUGAGAAUCCGGGUGCCUGAGAAAGUACGCAGUGCAGGCUCGGGAGAGGAGGGGGGCAAGAGUAGGGAGGGCAAGCAUCGAGAACGCUCCCACCACCACCAUCACCACCACCACCAUCAUUCAUCGUCGUCUUUGAGCGGUGCUUCCGUCUCUUCGUCCUCGUCACAUAAACACUCAGCCAGUGCUGCUGGAGCUGUAGGAGGAAGUGGUAGCAAAAAGACCCCCAGUGACUCAUCUAGAAUGAGCUCCUCUUCCUCUGCGUCUCGAAAGAGGACACACUCCACGGAGUCCCAGGGAUCCCACCCCUCCAAAGUCUCUAAGUCCUCCAGGAACUCAGCCCACCAGCUACCUGCUCUGUUAGCUGUCUCCAGUGCACACUCCCUGGGGGCGCAAACUGCUGAGAUCCUCCCAUCCCUGGGUCUCCCCUCCCUCCACCAGGGAAACUUCUCUCACUCCAAGGGGGACAAGACUGACACUAACGGACACAAUGCAGGCGGGGGAAGCCAGUCAAAUGAGUACCAGGACACAUUUGAGAUGCUGAACUCUUUACUGAGUGCUCAGGGGGUCCAACCUGCUCAGCCUCCCAUGUUUGACUACCGGUCUCAGUACGGGGAAUACAGAUACAGCGGAGGGUCCAGGGGGGGCUCUCGACCACCACCCCUGCCUGCUGAACCGCCACCUCCGCUACCCCCUUUACCAAAAUGAUCCCUGAUGAAGGGGUGAAUUACUGACAGUAUCUGUAGAGGCCUCCACAUCCUUCCUUAAGACAUUUGCACUGUGACUUUGGGUCCCUUUAUGUAUUUGAAUGAAUCAUGUUGUGGUUUUCAACUUGACAGCAAAGAAAUGUACUUCCAAUACAUACUUUUCAGUGAUGCGUGUACAGAAGUUUCUCCCUUGUUACAUCAUCAUAUCCAAUACAUCUGUGGGGCAAUAACAGGUGUGAAAGAAAACAAAAUGAUUUUAUUUAUAAAAAAAAAAAAUGUAAAUACUAUUUUUGAUGUUAUUCAUUUUUGUAUUGUGAUAUGAACUCAAAUCCAAUUUGAUGGAAUGACUGGACCUGAUAUUUUAAACAUGGCUGUUUAAGUCAUUUUGAAUGCACAGUAGAAAUAACAAACUUGUCUGCUUCACUUCUUAAAUUGUGUAAGUCUCGCUAACAAUUAGUAUUUUUCAGAAUGUUUUUAAUAUACUAUUUAUUACUGUUGAAUGCAAUUAGAACAUUUUGCCAACUGCCUCCCCCGCACUUUCUGCUGUGUCCUGUUGAACUGAAGGAUAGUUGAGUGCUUACACAUGUCUAUUUGAGAAUGCAUGUCUUCAAAGCCAUCAUUUUAAAUGUUUUUGUUGAAAAAAUAGUCACUGAAUCAGAUUUUUGCCCCCCCUCCAUUUUGUCUAUUGUAGUACAUUUUUCCCCUCUGCAUUAUUUGCAACACUUAAUUAAUAUAUAAUGUAAAAUUACUUUAGUGGACAAAAUAUUUUUACAUUUAGUUAAGUUGCAAAAAAUACUUGAAAUUUAAAGGAACAUUUCAGUUUUUCUAUUUCAUAUUCAUCUCCAGCACCACCCCAACAUCAACAUGUGAAAAUUGUGCAUUUUUUUGUAGUUAAAAAUAGAGGAAUAUAAGUAUUUCCAAUGAAUAUGCAAUGCCAACUCAUAUUUGGUUUAAAUCCAAUGAUUCAUAUUAGGAAAACUUAUCUAACGCUUUUAAUUUUUUACUACAAUACAGAAAUGUGGCAUUUUUAUAUGUUGAUUUUGGGUAGAUGCUUGCUGGACAUGACAAAUAUGAAGUUUACUUUACAUUUUAUUUCCCUUAAGGCUUGUAUUUUAGUUUCUAGAUUUGAAUGUGUUGCAGUCAUUGUUUUAAAUGGUUGUAAAAUGUUAGUCAUACUCAAAUAAUUACACUAACGUACAGAGUUUAUACUACAGUACUUAUCUACAUAUUCCUACACAUUUUGAUAAUGGACUGAUUUUUGUCUUAGUGCUUUGAACAGAAUUCAUAGUGUUGCUUCCACUACUGUUUUAACGAUAACUGAUGUCUUCACUCGUACAUUUUGAAUGCAACUGAAAUUGUAUUUUUGUGAGAUUUUGGUAAGGUGCAUAAUCUUGUCUAUAUUAUUUAGAUAAUUUGUUUUUCUGGUUUCAUGCCACACCAUAUGGUUGCUUGUGGCGAUCACACCAUGUUGUUGCUUGUGGCGAUCACACAUGCUCAACUGAGGGACUUUAGAGGUUUUAACAUAAGAACAUCUCCGGUACCACUGUGUCAACCAUCACAGUCAACAUUUAAUUUCAGUGAGAAGGACCUGUUCAAUUAAGAGAAUCUUACCCUUCAUGUUCCAGACUUGCUGUUUGUCAUGCUUAUUGGUCAAACUGGUGUAGUCUUUCUCCUUAAAUCAUGUUUAAAAUUGUAUGAUAGUGGAAAUGGGCUUGAACUUAGCUCUGACAUGUUUCAGACCGUUUAACAGAACUCUUUGUCCAAUGGAUGGGUUAGCUGACAACGUCACAUAAACGAUGCACAUGCUUCAAUGGGGCAGAAGUCUGUGUGUUGUGAUUCUGGAUGGCCAGAUGGCUAGAACCAAUACAAAAGGCUGCCAUGUGGGGAAUUGUAGGUGGCUCAUUUCAGUUAGUUUUUUUUCUUGUUACCAUGUCUUGUUUUUUAGGUGUUUUGACUGAUGUCACAUCUAUGCUAAUAUGUCUAAACUUCACAAGCUAGCUAACCAACAACUGUAACAAUGUAUUUGAGAGACGAGUGCUCAUUGUGCAAAUGUAUUUAUGUUUUCAAUAAACAUUGGAGACUAAAUAUAGUUUACAUGUCAACAAUCUAAGCCAACCCUGUCUGUUUUGCCCCAUAGUUGUGCACACAUUGCUUUUGUUGCUAAACAACCAACCAAUCUAUAAGCUGCCAAUGGACAAUUAAUCAGCUGGAAAUCAUGUAAAACAGCUGUGGCAUACUGAUUUGAUGUGGUAUUUUGCUAUUGAUUGGUUUUGUAUAUAAUGGAAAGAGUUGACAUUAUGGGAGCUGUUUCCUAGUACUUUAACUGAUGCAUUGAGGGAACAGGUGUACAGUUCUACUGUUUCUACAGUCUGCUCAGUUUCUACAGUACUUGAGCCCAACCAUUGAUUCUUGUCACUCAGGUAAGCCUUUAUGAUAUAUGAAGAAAAACACAUGGAUAUGCUUUAAAAUGCACUGAAUCUUUAUCCCAGCAAGAUUGCAAUCAAACAGAUUUUCUUUUUGUUAAAACUGAGGAAAUUGUAUUUUGUAUUACCAGGAGCAUUAUGCAGCAUUAUGCUUCCAUUCUGUGUUUUGUAUUAUAUGAUAAGACACACAUUGGUACUAUAUUAAGUUAAGGAUCGACUGGGACUGAUACAUGGAUAACUGUAUGCAGUCUGUCUUGUGUGAAUGCUUGUUGAACAUGAAUGACUACAAAAUAAAGCUGAUAUGAAAAUAGAAGGAAGACAUGCAACUAAAUGCAAAGUCACAGUGCUACUCAUCUACUUCAUAAACUUUUCCAAAAGUUGUAUCAGUCUGUACCUAUUGUCACAUCUUGUUAAUGUUGUCGUGGUACCACAAACUCAGGUCUGGAAUAGGAAUGUUUGGGCUAUCUUUUGUUUAAAAUGUAUCUAAAAGUCUGCAUUGUUUUGUUGUGAACACGGUUAUUUUUUAAAAAAUGUGUUUGAUAUAAUCCCAUGUCAAUAAAUGUUUGAAGAAAA